AUGGACGACGGGGCUCACCCAGGCUCAACUGUCAUCGACUACGCCCUCAAGCACCAAUGUUUCCGCCGUCACAGAGAUGCCCCGUACCGAUUCCAGGAUCAGCUUUCCCAACUUCGAACAACUCUUCACCCAGUAGAAUCCGACGGACUAGUUCACCAGCCAGGCAUCAUAGAUGUCCCUCUUCCUCGUCCCAACAUUCAACUACAACCGCCUUCCGAGGGCGAGGCAUACUCGUUGCCGGUAGAUCCAUUCGUACCAAGUACGGCAUUAUUCCCAUUUUUGGGACAAACGAAGCAGUUACGACUACCAUCUGAAGCUCUAGACACAGGAGACAAUCCAGAGAAGGAUCUCCAACAAUACUUGACUGACAUAUAUAACAAGAGUUUCUGCGAUAUCUUGAGCGAGUGGCUCCCAUUGAGCCAUGUCAAUAUUGAUAACGAUGAAGCACUUGAUUUCCCGUCUACUAUGAUGCGAUGGAAGUUGUUGGCGGAUCGUGAACUAGAGCUUGAAGCUAUUUCAGGUUCUGAAGAAACGCAGAGAAUCCUACACGAGGAAGAAGUCUCAAACCAGGCAGAAUGUUACGGCGAAUUGUUUGCGCUGCGCAAGCAGCCGAAAACCUACCCUGAGCCACUGUCCGUCCCACUCUCCCCAGCCUCUCCCCUGGACGAGCCCUUUGAGCCAAAUUCGGACGUUUUGAUCAUCGAUCUCACUUCGGAACCGAGAAGCCCCAUUGAUCCAGCCGUCGAGAAACUACAACAGGACUUACACGAUGGCUGUUUGGACUCGGAGCCGGCAGCUCCAUCGACCAUGCCCAGUUCUCCCCCGGCACCUCGAGCCAUCUUCCUCGGCAAUACAGAAGACAGGGCAUCGAAUUACAAACUUGAUGUGCCUCUAAUGCAAUCCAGUCCCAGGGGUGGUCAAGAGCUGCAGCAUCACGGCGAUAUCUUUGCGCUUCACGGGAUAGAUAUUGGGAACACAGUUCAGCCUCCAGAGGAGCCUCAAGGGUUCUUCGACGAGGGAAUGUCAGCUAUUCUGGCAGGUUAUCAUGCCCAGACAACGCAGAUGCUGGAGAACGAACGCCCAAAUCCAGCGGACUCGCUUCUGAGGAUGCCUGUUCCGGCCCUCGACUUUCACAUACCUGACCCGGACUGGAGUGUGCAGUUGUCAACCCCCGAAGAUCACUUCCGGUGGCUACGGGAGAACCUCAGGUCUGCCUUUCAGCUGGAUUCUUCAAUCCAGCCGGCUGGCUUGAGUGCUUCACUGAAAUGGACGCCGGUACCCCAUGGAAGCGGCCAAAUUUCACUAAACGAGGAGAUGGAGCAGCUUUGGCCGGCCAGUCGACAAUUUUUAAUGUUGGAAGUACCUCGUCUUAGUAGCCGCGACUAUAUCGACAAAGCAUCUGGGUUGAAGAUCCUCCAAGUCUUGGAGGAUGAGGAGAUGGAAGCUGAAGCCCCGCCUCCUGAAGCUCCGCCUCCUGAAGCACCGACUGUAGCUGUAUCUCAAGCAACUGCUACCCAUGGCCCGCGCCCCAACUUGCCCGAUACGCCGCGUUGUACGCCCUCGCUGGAUGACUUGUUGAAAUCCAGAUACCAACAAGGUCGCCAGACUUUAAGGAGGAAAGCUGGGGAAGAGUCAACCAACCUCCUCUUGGGUUCUAGUGACCCUAGCGCGACCAGUAACUUGUUAUCCAGCUUCAUGGAGCUUCGUCAUGCAAAGAAGCCAAAAACAACACACAAUACUACCCAGUCUUCUCGGCAGCCUGUUCAGCUAUCAACGCAACGGCCCCUUUCGGCCCCAUCGCCGUCUCAGCUUCCAGCAAACGAAACCACUGUGGAAGAGCAAGCCCCAGAAUCUGGCAACCAUGGAAUGAGGGAUGCACCGACCCCAGAAUUCCAUGUUCCUACUGAUACUUGCCGCUUUAUUGUUUCCUCAAGUUUGAGUCGGAAUGUCCUUUCACAACUGGACAAGUCAUGGCCGCAACUUGAGCUCGUGGAUAGGGAUUUCUCUCAGUACAACACAGUUGUCUGGUCCUCUGGCUCCGCCCAGCGGAAGGAGGUCAUUUCCCGACUAUCCUUCGAAGCUGAUGUUUCUCUUUGUCCAUCAGCCGGCAUAAUCGUCACGACGAUGCUGAAAGUCCGGCAAAAACCUCUCCCCGGAUCAACUGCUCUGUCGCCGCUUCGCGAACGAGUGCAGAUUGUGAGCACCAAGUACGAAUAUCUCUUCAUCCUCGCUUCAGAGUCAAACCCAAUGGGGGAAUACGUUGGUUCACCAAGCGCGUCUGACAUAUUGGCCUAUGCCGAUUUCGUGGGUUUCACGGCGAGUCUCCAGAGAGGCAUCACGACAUACCUGGUCCCGGGUGCAGAAUGCACCCUUUCGAAGUGGGUAUUGUCGCUGAUGUGCCGCUAUUCUCCGCAAGCGAAGCAACUUGGAAAAGCUCUUGACUUCCACGACACAACUUGGGAGCUGUUCCUCCGUCGGGCAGGCCUCAACAUUAACGCAGCACAAGUCAUCUCAGAAGCUCUAGUCUCAGAGUAUGACAACCUGGGGCUCGCCAACUUUUUGACUAUGACUACAGAAGAACUAGUCUCAAAAUUUGGUCCGAUUAUGGGAGGUGAGAGAGUGUUGAGGAAUGUGUCCCGAGGCUUGCACCAGCUAUGGUUGUAA